CUUGGCUUCCAAUGGAAACAAGGUAAAAGUGAAAGUUAAUGUAGGCCUGGGGAAGCAUCGUAAAUGACGUGGUAUUGCUCACCUGCCCAUUUUGUGAAGAAAAAGAAAUAGUACCUUUUAAGGCCUGCAUUUUCCUACGUACUCCCGAGCCUUUCAGAUCAGAUCUAAGCCAUUAUACAUACACAGACAGGCAGCCCAGUUAUUUGCAGAUAAGUGUGCAGAUAAGUCUCAGAGGGAGAGAGAGAGAGAGAUAAAAGCAGCAGAAGAGGUUAGGCAUGUUAUAGAAUUGGAUUCAGGGCAAUGGGGACGGAAUGUGAUUCUUAUGACACCAGUUUUAAUUCCAUCAGUGAGAGCAGUUUCAGCUGUGUUUCUUCUUCUGUGGGUCUAGAACUUUCCAGCGCUCGCAGCAGCAUAAGCAAUGAUAAAGUUGUGCCGCCAUUGCCCUGCAAUGUGAACAAACCUCACAAGGCCAAUAAUGCAGCGUGGGAGGCUGUUAGGGCUGUUAGAUGUGAGGAGGGACCAAUUGGGCUGAACCACCUUCUCCUGGGGAAGAAAGUGGGCAGUGGGGAUAUUGGAAAAGUGUACAUGUGUCGCCUCCGUGGCUUUAAUGGCUGUGAUUAUGCAGUGAAGGUGGUGGAUAAGGAGGCUCUGAUGCACAGGAAUAAGGCGCACCGAGCUGAGGUGGAGCGCCAGAUCUUGUCCACGCUGGACCACCCCUUUCUCCCCACUCUCUAUGCUCAUUUUGAUGCUUCCCAUUACUCCUGCCUCCUCAUGGACUAUUGCUCUGGCGGUGACCUGCAUUCCCUCAGGCAGCGCCAACUCUCCAGGCGCUUCUCAGCCCCCUCUGCAAGAUUCUACGCAGCAGAGGUGGUAGUGGCGCUGGAAUAUCUGCACAUGAUGGGAGUGAUAUACAGAGACCUGAAGCCCGAAAAUGUGCUGGUCAGAGAAGACGGUCACAUAAUGCUAUCGGACUUUGACCUGUCCUUCCGGUGCGACGUCGUCCCGACAAUGCAGCCCCGACCGGCACCUGUGCCCGACACCCAGUCGAAACCGGCGGAACCCGAGCCAGUCACCUCCUGCUCUGCCACCGGCUGCUUCUUCCGCAAAUCCACCAGGUCACGGAAAUCCAAGCCUAAAAGAACGCCCGAGGUGGCGGCGCAGCCGGCGGAGCUGGUGGCGGAACCGACGGAAGCGCGCUCAAAGUCCUUUGUGGGAACACACGAGUACCUGGCCCCGGAAGUUAUUACCGGCAAGGGCCACGGCGGCGCCGUCGACUGGUGGACGCUCGGAAUUUUUUUAUACGAGAUGAUGAUGGGCUAUACGCCCUUUAAGGGCCCCACCAAGGAGGCAACGCUGGCAAAUAUAAAUUCCCGGAGUUUGAAAUUCCCGGCGGAGAAACCCGACGGAAAAGAUCAGGAGCUUUGGGAAUCCGGCGAGGAUCUGAUAAAGAAGUUGCUGGAUAAAGACCCCAGGCGGCGCCUGGGUUCGAACCGCGGAUCUGCUGAUGUGAAAAGGCACCCGUUUUUUAAGGAUGUGAAUUGGGCUUUGAUUCGGUCCACUUUGCCGCCCGGCAGGGACGAGCACAAAAGCCGGCGGAGUCUCCGGCGCACAAAGUCGUCGGAAUAUUGUAAUAGGCCGCCUCAUUUUGACUAUUUUUAGGGUUUUAGUAUUGUACACAGAGAGUUAGGGAAGAGAAUCCACAAGGAUUUAUUUGUUUAUUUAUUUAGUCCUGGUUUUUUGUUCCCAACUCUGUGCCCUGCCUGCCCUGUACAGUAUAGUGUUGUCUCUUUUAUUGUAUAGUCUUCUGCCAUCUAUGAGAACAUUAAGAAAUUUUGACUGAUUCA